AUGGAUGCUGGCGCGUCCAGGGGGGCCGCCAUUCAGAGCAAGGCCGCCGCCGCUGACUUGGGCAUGCUGGAGUCGCCCGUGGCGCCUGGCGGGGGUCCCUGCGGCCGGUCGCCGCCCUGCGCGGUGGGCACGCCCGCGCGGUCGACGGGCGCGGGGCCCGUAGCAGCCGCCUGGGCCCCGCUAGGGCCGCCGGGCCCGCCGGCGGGAGGCUACCUCCCCGGCGGGCCGCUCGCCGGCUGCGGAUCGAUCGGCCGGCCUGCGGUGAGGGAGGGGCCGGGGCCGUGCCUUGCGCCCAGGCAGCCCGCGUCCGCCGGGCCUGUGGACAUGGGCCAGGCGCUGCGGUCGCUGCCCGCCGCGGCGGAUGGGGCAAAGCAGUUCCUGGGGCAGGGAGAGGUGCCCAACUUCGAGGCCCUGUACAGGAUUUACUACGCGCAGCAGGCUGCGGGGGGUUCCUACGGCCAGGCGCCCCAGCCUAGGGUGGCGCUGGGCGGCUCCAAAGAUGAGCUCGUGUACGUGAACGCGAAGCAGUACCGCUGCAUCCUGAGGCGUCGCCAGCAGCGCGCCAAGGCGGAGCAGGAGAACAGGCUGCUGAAGGCGCGCAAGCCCUACCUGCACGAGUCGCGGCACAACCAUGCGACCCGGCGCGUGCGUGGCGCCGGCGGCCGCUUCCUCAACGCCGAGGAGGCCCGGCGUGUCCUGGAGGAGCGCAAGGCCAGCGAGGGUGCCAAGCCGCCGCCGGGCCGUCCGGAGGACGACUCCGGGAGCCGCGAGACGGACGAGACGGAGGACGAGCCUCCGGCGGCCGACCGCGGUCCUCGACCACGAGAGGGCGCCGGGAGGCGUCGGAGAGACGGAAGCGCGGACUCGGAGGCGUCUUCGCUUCCGGAGCUGGAUUCGGAGGCGCCCGCCGGCCGGUGCGGUCGAGAAAAGGGCCCCACCGGCGAUUCGGGAGAAGAGGGAGGCGGAAAGGAGGACCCGAGUGAGAAGAAGACGGGGAACGAUGCGACGGAAACGGGCCGGGUCUGUGGCGAUGGAUCGGGCGGGAGCGACGGGGAGCGUGCCGCCAAGCGGCGCCGGGUAGAGGGCGGGACCCAUGGCCCGCCCUGA